CGCCGCAUUCCCAGCCCGCGGGACCCAGCAGAUGGAGCCGGGAGACCGGGGGAGGGGGAAGAUCCCUCCAGCCCCUCCACCAGAGCCCGCGGGCAGUGCGCCUGGGAGGUCAGAGCUGGCAGGUGGGCGGAUAAGCGGGGGGACAGGCAGGGCCCUGCGUACCAUGGUGCCGUGGCGCUGGGGGCUCACAGGGCCCCGCGGGAUCGCGCUGCCCCCGGCGGCCAGGCCGGGGCCGCUCCAUGAAGCGCCGCGCUGGGGGCCGCCCCCGCGCAGGGCCCCGCGACCAUGGCCCCCGGGGGCGCGGCCGGGCAGGCGGAGGCGCAGGGCCGCGGCGAGUCCAGCGCCGAGCAGCUGCGGCCCCAGAGCCUCGGGCGCGGCGGGCGGGGGGCGCGGGGCGCCGAUUGGAGCCCGCGCGUCAGCUGGGGCCGCCGUCUGGACGCUUAAAGGGCCAGGCCGCCUGCGUGCCGGCGGGGGGCGCGGACACGCGUGGUGUGCGCCGUCCCCGUGCAGCCCGCCCUGCUGCAGGCUGCCCUCCACCCCCCAGCCCCUGUUCCAGCCCCCAGCCCGUCCCCACUGCUCAUAUCCGAGCAGAUGGACCCCGGCCCCACCCUCCCGUGCUGAGCCUCCUUUCUGCCGGGAAGUUCGUCCGGGAGUCAAACAUCGGUGCCCUCCGGUUGCGCCACGGAGGGGAAGCUGCCGUGAAAUCAGGAAGCUGAGCGCGCCGGGCCCCGGAUCCGAUCAGAAAAGACUUCCACCCGCUUCCCUGAGCGAUCCCACGCUGAUCUCACUGAACCCCGCACCCCAGCCGCGCUCACCACCCCCACCCUCUUGCCUGGGCUGUUCUGACCUGGGGGACUUGGCUCCAGUGGACCCAUACCUACCUGGUGGCCUCAUGCUGCAUAGGGCCACCCAGGGCAGGAGAUUUAAAACCCAGGACUACAACUGCAGCGAUCAAGUCCUCUAAGCUCAUCGGCUUGGGAGUCCCAGGGCAGAGCCUGAGCUCUGUGAGCAGCUGUGGGCACCUGGCAACAUUGGACCUGGCAGGAAGGAGUGGUUUGAAGAGCUGUCUGGUGGGCCCAGAGGGCUGCUCAGAGCUGAGCCUUGAACUUGAACUAGAGCAAUGAGGGAGUGGAAGGGCUUUCCAGACAGUGACAGCUCCUGCAAAGGCCAGGAGGUGGAGACAAUUUAGUGCCUGCAGGGAACUAGAGGGGAUUUGGUGUGGUGGAGUCAAGAUUCCUGUUGAUCAGUUGUCUGGUCAGUGGGAGUGAACAGGUGGAGCUAGGCAGAAGCAGAAUUUCUCUCUUUGUCCUGAUGAGGGGCAUGCAGUAGGAGCUUCACUUCAGGGAGGUCAAGGCAGGCUUUCUAGAGGGAGGGACUGAGUUAUUGUGGAGGUGACUCCUAGGCCAGAAAUGCAUGCCCCAGGGAUGAGUCAGGAGUCUGGAGAUGCUCACCCAGCAAGGGCAGAGCUUAGUGAUCCUUCACACAUUUGGGAUUGGGUCCUGGCAGGGUCAGGAAAGCUAUGCCCCUGCCUCUGGAAAACAGCUCAUGGAUUUUCUUUCAAUUUCCCUAGGUAUCUACCCUCAGUGCUGGAGUGUCCCCAGGCUUGGUUAGGGAAACCAGAUUCAACCCCACUGAAGUUGGAAAGAACAGCCCAGGUUGUGGGUAUGCAUGUGUGGGAGCAAUGCAGGGCUGAGUCGGCUCAGAGGGCAUGGAACUGUGUGUAACUGAGCCUGGGCAAGAGGGAGAGCAGAGUGGGCAAUGCCAGAAAAAUACAGGCAAUGCAAUUCAACUCACACAUCAUGGGGCCGGUGGGGUGGCAGGGAAGUUCAAAGCUACCCACUAGGCGCUGACCCAAAGCCCAGAGUUCUAAGCAGGGCGGGAAAACAUGAAUCCGCUGGGUGUGGGGUAAGGGUGGAGGUUACACCUGAAUUCUGCCUCCACUGAACCCAGCACUAAUAGGCUACAGCUGCCCUUGGUUGGGGGCCUCAUGCAAACCAGCAGGUUGUCUGGUUUCCUCUCACAGCAUAAACAUCAUGGCUUUGGCAUUUCAGGUCUCUUUUGCAGCUUCCAGGAUCCUCUCCUGCCCUGUUAGUUCUGGGGGCCUUGGGCCUCUCCCUAGUGAUUGAGCCUGGCCCCAGACAUGAACCCUCUGGGACUCCUUCACUUCUAGAGGCACUACCUCUGGGACCACCAUCUCUGAACCACUGAUGUAUGCUUGGUUUUCUAAACAUUUAAUACACCACAGUUCUAGGAGGAGGAAUCCCUAGCAUCCAUUUUUCAGAUGAGCUGAAUUAUAGAGAGGUCAAGCAAAUUGUCCUCCUUCUGGUUACCCAACUGGGAAGUGGCAGAGUAGAACUUAAACCCAAGCAGUCUGGUUCUCCAGAGUCCUUAAGGAUUGUACCGUAUAAUAGUUGCUCAUAGAAGUCCCCCUGCUUCUUCAAAAUAAGAUCAAAUUAGGCUGGAGGCAUUGAGGUCAGUGGGGACUCUUUUCAGGCUUUCUCUGGGAACCUGGCCUGAUGGGAGAUUUUAGUUACUAGAGGUCCUAGGUGACCAGAGGCUGGUGAAGUGCCAGCCUAUACACCCAACCCCUGUGGGCCAGGUCCACUGGGAGGCAGACUCGUCUGCAGGCUGGGAAGGGAUAAGCACCCCUGGUUGUCUAUCACGUCUGAGUGUGCUAGCCAUAUAUACCCUCGUUCAGGGUUUAUAAGCCAUAGGAGGCCCAGGAUCAGGGCUCAAGAUGCAGAAUGCAGGUGUUUGUCCUGAGACCUCAGUUCACUCCAUUUGUUGUUUCUCAGAUAGGAUCUUGCUCUGUUGCCCAAGCUGGGCAGAGGUGCAAUCAUGGCUCACUGCAGUCUCCACCUUCUAGGCUCAAGUGAUCCUCCCACCUCAGCCCUGAGUAGCUGGGACUACAGGUGUGUGUCACCAUGCCCAGCUACUUUUUUGUUCUGUUUUUGUCUGGAUAGUCUUGCUAUGUUGUCCAGACUGGUCUUAAACUCUUGGCCUCAAGCAAUCCUCCUGCCUUGGCCUCCCAAAGCACUAGAAAUACAGGUGGCCACUCCUCCUUUUACCCUGAUAUCCUCAUGGCUCUGGGCUGAAGAGAUGCAACCCUCUCCAAGCUAGCCUGGGUUCUACAGGCUGUGAAGCUGAGCUCAGUCUAGGGAGCUGGAGCUUGAGGGGUUACAGUAAGUGAUGGGUCUGGGGUCUCCAAGAGGCAGCAGGCCCACCCGGGGCCUUCUGAUUCACAGGGAGGGUGGAGGCAGCAGCAAGGGAGUACUACCUCUACCUUGUACUGAAACUUUGAAAGAAACCAGACCACUAAAGCCUCCUAGCCCUGUGUGUAUGUGGCCAGGGCAGACUCCCCUUGCCUUGUACUUAUCAGGCCCUGACAAGCUUCCCAGUCUGUACUGAGAUGAACGUGUUCUUUCACGGUACCCAACUCCUCCCGAAACCUCUGGACUCCUGAGGGGCCUUUACUGCAUCAAAGAACUUCUCCCUGCUGUCUUUCCAGCUCAUUCUACCACAAGGCCCUCAUGGGCCUGCGGGCUCUCGCCUCACUGUGGGCAACAGCAGAGUUGAUUCUCUGUUCCAAAAACCAGUCCUCUGGAAAUCUGAACCCAGUCCCUUUCACCUUAUGAGGCAUGGCUUCCACAUCUUUUCACCUGACCACGUUAGUCUGCAACACUUGUUCAAGGCUCAGCAUCUGCCUUGAAAAAGUGAGUAGAGUCUUUUUUUUUUUUUUCUUUUUUUUUCAGUAGACAUGGGAUUUCACCAUGUUGGCCAGGCUGGUCUCAAACUCCUGACCUCAAGUGAUCCACCCGCCUUGGCCUCCCAAAGUGCUGGGAUUACAGAUGUGAGCCACCGUGCCCGGCCACCUCCCAUCUCUUCUAAACAGUGAUUCCCAGUUAGUGUCCAUAGUCUCUUGCAUUUUCCUUGAAUUACCUUCCCACCUAUUUAAUGCCCAGCUAAUUCAGAAGAGUCAAGACCAAAGUCCUUGGCACAUUUUGCCCCCAAUACUGCCCAACUAUCAAGCUUACCACUAUCAGAACUUGAUCCUGCAUUUUCUUUACAAUUUUAAAGGAAUGCAUCCAGAUUUGACAAAUUUCAGGAGUUGCUGAAAUAAGGAGUCCACUGUGAAUUCAGUUUAAAAACUGAGUGUCUGCAGUGAGAAGUUAACUGCAAUAAAUUAUGUUGUGUUCACUAAGAAAAUACAUAUUUCUUUCAGUUCUGAGGAGACAAAAGUUAAUUGUACUUCCCUGCAAAUUCUGUGUAUGCUAAAAGAAUGUUUUCUCUGGGAGUGAGUGAUAUGUCUUGCACUGCCUGAUGUACUGCUGUUAGGGAGGGAAAUGUAGAGGCUGCAGGUAAAUGCACUGUCUCUAGGCAGAAACUCACAGAUGGGAUGUGACAUAUUCCUCCCUCAGCAAAGACAUCUUUAUGCAGGUCACUUUAGCUGGACAACAAAGUGUAGGGGAAAUCUGGAGUUUCCAGGAGAGGAAGACCAAGCAUCAUUAAUGCUUACCUGUAUAGGUUAAAAAUCUCUGCCUGACAUUCUCUCUAGCUCCACCUCCUACACCCACCACUAACACUCAGCUAGAAGAAAAGGAGCUGCCAAAGGAGAUGAGGUGUCUUCACUGGCUGGGUCAGCAGAAAGAUGAAACAUGCACAGACUCAGACUUAGACUAAGUAUAUAUUUUAAUUUCUACAAGGUCCCCUUUAAAGUUUUAGGGAAAUUUAACUGAAGUGUAUACAAAUUAGACAUUGCUAAUAUGUACAAAAGUAUUUUAUACAGUUUUUGAACAAUACUAGCUAUUUGCAAUAAACAAGAUGUUACAAAAACAGUCCAAUAAUGCAUUUCCUAUUAAGAAGCACAAUACACAACAUAAUUCAAUUUUAUUAAAAAAUAACUUCAAAAUACAGAACAAUCCCCUUUAGGAAGAAAGGCUAUUUCUGUAGUUCACUCUGUCAGUAAACAUACAAGUUGAAUGCUGCAGCAGAGGGCUGUCCUUGUCCAUGGAGAAAAGAAAUGAGGCUUCUAGGGCCUAUCUUUUCUGGAUAAAAUUCCACCCACAGCUGAGAUGGGCAAAGUUAUUGCCUGUGGUAGGCAGAAUUUGAAAAUGCCCCUCCCCCUUUCAGUGAGCUAAUCUCCGGAACCCGUGAAUAUGAUGAGAUGAGAUAGUACUCCUGCAAUUAUGUUCUAUCGAACAAUCGACCGUCAAAUAUAUCUGUGGGUUUGAGCUAAUCAUAUGCCCCUAAAACAGAGGAGGACGGGAGAGAGAUGAACCAUGAGAAAGAGCAGGAAGGCUGGUUUGAAGCUGGAGGGGACCACACAAGAAGGAAUGCAGGCAGCCUUAAGGAGGUGAGAGAGGGGCCCCCAGCUGAGAGCCAGCAAGGAACUGAAUUCUGCCAACAACCUGAAUGAGCUUAGAAGCAGAUUCUUCCCCAGAGCCUCCAUGAAGGAAUGUUGUCCUGCCAACCCUUAUUUCAGCCUUGUAAGACCCUGAGCAGAGAAGCCAGCCACACUGUGCCAGACCCAUGAGCUACAGAACUGCUAAAUGGGUGUUGUUUUAAACUGCUAAAUUUGGGGUAAUUUGUCACACAGCAAUAGAAAACUAACACAGUGCCCAAGGGCAACUUUUCUUAAUUACAUUUGGCAGUUUCUGCUUGGGUUCUGAAUGCAUUUUUUUCCUACUGACUAGUAGUAAUAUUCUCCUUUGCAGGCAACCCUUGAAAACCUUUAAAUCAUACUGUUUUGUAUUCAGUAUCCAGUAUUGUUUGUUUGGCCAAAGUCCUGUUUUCUAAUGUACUUCUGUCUAUCAACCUGGCAAACAACUGACCACCUUACCCUGUUUUCAUACCUUCUUUGGGUGAUAGUUUUAAUACAUUCAAGGGCACCCUCCCUCCACCAAGGGUUGUCAGCUCCCUACAACUGAGGGCUCUUUUCCACUUCCCAAAUACACCAGACAAGGCCUGUGGUAGGGUAGUGCUGAGUUCUACAUCAGGCAUCCAAUAUGAAUUUCUUCUGCAUAACUGGAUUAAAGUGGCACUAAGGUGAUUAAGUACACUUGGGGAACAAAUUCAAAGUAAAGAUUAAACACACACACACACACACACACACACACACACUAGUUUUUACAGGUCCAAUUAUUUUUGGAGGAACCACCCAAAGCCAUGAAAAUAUAUAAUUUAUGCUAUACCCUCUAUCCCUCUUCCCCUGUCUCUUGCACCUGGGUCAGGUCAUGCAAGGCUUUGAGUCAGCUGCAGGUCACAGUGGAAACAGGAAAAACAUGCUGGUUACAACAGUUCAGCUGCUGUUGUGGUAAUAUCCUGUACUUGAAAGACUUGAAAGCCCUGCAAAAUGUCUCCAGGAUGGUGGCAGUUAGAUUUUGAUGUUACUUUUGAAGUCCAGUCUUCACUCUUCCAGAGGUACACACACGUAGUAGACUUGAGUGGCCAGUAUCUCCUAUUGCCAAUCCUGCCUGCUCCAGGGGACCCCAACCCACAUCUGUACUUGAGAGAAGCCCCCCAAAUAGUCAAAGUGAAGACAGCUCAGAAUAAACCAUUUUUGGUGCCAGUGAUUUUUUUGAAUUUAAUUUUUCUCUUUUAUGGUAUUUAAAUAUAUGAUCUAUAAGAGUAAUGCUUAAA